AAAGCGCGGGGUGUUGACAGCGGCCGGCGGAGCAGGAACUCGGCCCGGCGGGACGCGGAGCCAUGAGCAGGGCCGGCAGGGUCCCGGGCCGGGGGGCGGCCAUGGCCAGGCAGCUGGGGCUGCUGGCGGCUCCCGGUGCGGACGGGAGCGGGAACGGGAACGGGAACGGGAACGGGAGCGGGAACGGGGAGGCGGCGCUGGAGGCGGAGCUGCUGCGGCUGCUGCGGGGCCGGGACGGAGCGGAGAGCGGGCAGCCACCCCCCCGGACAGAUGUGGGGGCCGUGCAGGCCCUGGCCCAGCUGUGCCUGCGGGACCCCCCUGAGGAGGAGGAGGAGGAGGAGGAAGGGGAGGAAGAUCUGGAGAACGAGGAGGAGCUGCUGGCAGAGCUGCAGGAGGUGCUGCAGGAGGGGCCCGAGAGCGCCGAGAGCGCCCAGAGCCCGCAGGAUCCCGCGGGGGCGCUGCUGGCCGAGCUGUCGGAGCGGGCGGAGCUUUACCGGGCCGCCCUCGCCAACACCGGGAACGGCGCCGGGAGCACCGGGAACAACGGGGCGCGGCAGCGGCGGCUCCAGCGCGGCCUCAAGACCCUGGAGCAGCUGCUGGCCUCGGUGCGCAGCGGGAAGCCGAUCGACCGCGCGGAGAUUCCCCCUCCCGUGGCUCUGGGCAGGCCUGGAGGGACCCCGGCGCAGCCCCCAGCCCCAAUUCCCCCUUUGGAUCCAUCCCCGGACCCCAGACCCGAUCCCGAUCCCAAAUUUGAUCCCAAAUUUGAUCCCAAAGCCGAGCCCAAAGCCGAGCCCAAAGCCGAUCCCGGUUCCGGCGCCCGGCGGCGGCUGCAGGAGCUGCAGAGGGAGGCUGUGCUGGCCAAACGCCGCGGGGACAACGCCGCGGCCCUGAGCCACUUCAGGGAGGCCAAGAGAUUGCAGGCGCAGCUGGAGGCGCUGGGACGAGGAGCUGAGCCCGAUCCAGAGGAAUCCAAGGAUCCACCAGAGGAGGAUCCACCAGAGAAGGAUCCACCAGAGAAGGAUCCACCAGAGAAGGAUCCACCAGAGAAGGAUCCAGCGAUCUCCAGCCCAGCCCCGGCCGGGGACGUGCAGCAGGCGCUGCAGCAGCGCAUGGAGCGGUACCGAGCCGCGCUGGGCCAGGCCCGCGCCAGCGGCGACGCCAGGAAGGCUCGGAUGCACCAGAGGAUCCUCAAGCAAUACGAGGCCGCCCUGGGUGCCCUGAGCGCGGGCAGAGCCGUGGAUCUCUCGGAGCUGCCGGUGCCCCCGGGCUGCCCCCCAAUCCCGGGCUCAGGGCCCCCCAGCAUUGCCGGCGUGGUGCAGGCGGCGCUGGGGCUGACGGAGCGCAGCCAGGACGAGGAGGAGGAGGAGGAGGAGGAGGAAGAAAAGGAGCCCGAGGUGCAGCCCAAGGCUCCUCCUGCGCCCCCUCCCAAACAGCAGCAGCAGCCCAGGGACGGCCAGGGGGCUCCUAAACCUGCUGGGAAAGCCCAGCUGCAGGUGCAGUUCCUGGAGCUGAGGCACAAGCAGCUGGUGCAGGGCGCCCUCCGUGCCAAGCGGUGCCAGGACCUGGUCGGUGCCAGGGAGUUCCUGCGCAGGGCCAGGGGCGUGCAGGCGAUGCUGGGCGCUGCCAGGGCCGGGCUGCCCGUGGAUCUCACCCAGGUGCCCGAGGUGCCCCUGGACGGGGCCGAGUUCGAGCUGGGCCCGGCCCGGGGGGUCCCGACGCCCCCCGAGGUCACCAAAACCUUCCUGGGGCUGGCGGGGGCGCUCAGGAGGCAGCACCAGCUGUGCCUCAGUUUCUCCCGGCAGUUUGCGCAGCUGGGGAACAUCGCGGAGACCACGCGGUGCGAGGCCCUGGCCCUCGAGUGCCGCUCCCACAUGGAGACCCUGAGGAGGGAGCACGGCCGGGGGGGGCCCCCCCCGAGAGCCCGGUGGGAGCAGAGAACGUUCCACGUGCUCAGGUCGUUCCCCGAGCUGAGCAGCAGCGACCUCGAGCUGGGCAUCGAGCGGGGGAGGGGCAUCCCCGUGCCGCCAGGUGUGUCCCCAGGUGACCUGGACACCUUCGUGCGCUUCGAGUUCCCCCACCCCAGCCAGGACGAGGCGCAGCGGGACAAGACCGCGGUGGUGAAGGGCACGGAUUGUCCCGAAUUCCGGGCUCGGUUCCGGCUGCGGCUCCUGCGCGGCCACCGGGGGCUGCGGCGGCUGCUGAGCCGCGGGAUCCGCCUGGAGGUGGCGCAGAAAGGGGGUCUGUUCCGGCAGCGCGCUCUGGGCUCGGCUCAGCUGCGCCUCGAGGCGCUGGAGCGGAGCUGCGAGCUGCGGCAGCGCCUGGAGGUGAGCGGGGGUUCGGGGGGCCCAGAUGUGCCCAUCCCGGCCUUCCAGAUGUGCCCGUCCCCCGUCCCGAUGGUUCCAGAUGUGCCCCCUCCUCUCCUCCGUCCCGCGGGUCCCACUCCCCAGCCCCGCCGUUCCCACCGUUCCCCCCGUUCCCCAUCAUCUCCGGUCCCGCCGUGUCCGUGUGUCCCGGUGUCCGUGU